AUGAACUCCUCAACCUGUGCUUUUGCAAAGAUACUGAAUGCAACCCUGUACCUCCCUAGGGAGAGAGAUUCCAGCAACUCCUCAUUUUUGGACGAAGCUUCCCUGCUUGUGUUGCAAGAAUGGACUAACCACCCUCCAUCCACAGACGUGAAGAUGUUCCUGAUCCCUCCAGUCAUCUGUCUUGUGGCAGCUGUCCUGGUAAUUCCUUCCAUCUUGUUUGUGAUUUUCUCUAGCUUCAGCAUUCGCCAAGAAACAAGGUAUCUGCUGCUGGGAAAUACUUUGCUUUGUGAUUUGAUUUACCUCCUAUUCUAUACCCUGUCUGUGGUUCUCAACAUGGCAAAUAUCAAGCCUCCCAAGUAUGCUUGUGUGCUCCUGUUGUUUUUGCUGGCAGUGACUUACUGUGGAGGGUUGCUCACAGCUGUUGCAAUGGUCCUGGACACUUACCUGGCUGUUUUGUUUCCUUUACGCUACAUUUCUAUUUUGCCAUAUUCACGAGCAAAAAAAGUGAUUCUGUUAUUGUGGAUCUCUUCUGUAGUCUUCCCAGGGAUCAUCUUCCUGGUUCUGUGGUACACUCAAAAACCUGCAUCCUGCACCAUGGAAACAUGUUCUGUUCCAAUAAUAUUGGUACUGACUCUACAUGGAAAUGACGCUGUGAAAUUCUGCUAUGUGCUUUCAGUUACUGCCCUCUUUCUCUGCUUGUCUUUAAUACUCUGUUGUUAUAUUAUCCUGUAUUAUAAAACAAGACAGUCAGGGAUAUGGAAGAGCAUUUUCUCUCGAGCCAGCAUUACCUUCUUGAUGCACCACACAAUCCUAUUCUUUUACUUCUCUCCACUUCUGGCCCUUGUUGUGGAAUCAUUGCUUUAUAUCAAUGAUGUCAUUGGACUCCAGACAGGAAUAUGGGUGUCUCUGACAAUAUGCAAUGUCCUGAUGGUUCUGCCAAAAGCUCUGUCACCUUACCUUUAUGGGCUGCGAUAUAGGGAGAUAUCAUCAUCCCUUAAAUUAAUUUUCAGAAUGAAGCGCCUCAGUCUUGUGUCGCCUGUUGUAACACAAUCAUAA